AACCGGGAGCGGCCGAGGAUUGCCGGAAAGAGCCGAGCGACGCGGAAGGCCGCGGUCGACCAGUCACGGAAAGGGCCGAGCACAAAGACACACACACACAUCGCGGCGGACGCUUAGACUAGGACGAGCUUCACUCAGCGCCAGGGCCCGAGACCGACGAUGGGAGCCUGCCUGGGGAUCUGUACUCUGGCCAGCUGCGCUUCUUGCCUGUGCGGGAGUGCACCAUGUCUACUUUCUGGCUGCUGUCCUUCGACCAAGAACUCUGUGAUGACUCGCCUCCUCUAUGUCUUCUUCUUGCUGCUUGGAACAGCUGUCUCGGUCAUCAUGAUAGUACCUGGGAUAGAGACCGAACUGAGAAAGCUUCCUGGAUUUUGUGAAGGAAGUUCGAGUAUUCCCUUCAUCGAGGGUCGUGUUAACUGUAAUGUCAUCGUGGGUUAUAAAUCUGUUUACCGCAUGUGCUUUGCCAUGGCUGCUUUCUUCUUCCUGUUUGCUGUAUUAAUGAUCCAAGUGAAAAGCAGUAAAGGGCCAAGAGGAGCUCUACAGAAUGGGUUCUGGUUCUUCAAAUUCCUGGCCUUGGUGGGAAUCACUGUUGGUGCCUUCUUCAUUCCUGAUGGAACAUUUACAACAGUCUGGUUCUACUUUGGUGUGGUUGGAGCUUUCUGCUUUAUCAUCAUCCAGCUGAUUCUUCUCAUCGACUUUGCUCACUCCUGGACCCAGUCCUGGGUUGAGAACAUGGAAGAGGGAAACGGCAGAUGCUGGUAUGCUGCUUUAUUUUUCUGCACCGCUUUCAACUACAUUGUGUCCCUGGCAGCAGUGGUGCUUUUCUAUGUGUUUUACACUAAGCCUGAUGCCUGUGCCAUAAAUAAAACCUUCAUAAGUUUGAAUCUCAUCUUCUGCAUCAUUGUCUCCAUCGUGUCCGUUCUACCCAAGGUUCAGGAAUCUCAACCGCAUUCAGGCUUGUUACAAGCUUCUGUCAUUACUCUGUAUACAAUGUAUGUGACUUGGUCAGCCAUGACCAAUGAACCUGACAGAAAUUGUAACCCCAGCUUGCUGAGCAUCGUUCAUCAAACGACCAGCAAUUCAACCACUGCAACACCUCCCGAUCAAGUGGUCCAGUGGUGGGAUGCCCAGAGCAUUGUCGGAUUGGUCAUCUUUCUCAUUUGUGUGCUUUAUUCAAGCAUCCGAUCUUCCACCAAUGCUCAGGUGAAUAAGCUGAUGAUGACUGAAGAAGGUGAAGGGGCACUGACUGAAUUCUCUUCUCCCGGCGAGGAUGGGGGACAUCGGGCAGUGGACAACGAGCAGGAUGCAGUCACGUACAGUUACUCGUUUUUCCACUUCUGCCUACUCCUGGCAUCUCUGUACAUCAUGAUGACACUGACCAACUGGUACAGUCCCAACUCGGAUUACUCGGCCCUGCAGAGUACCUGGCCAGCAGUCUGGGUGAAGAUCUCCUCCAGCUGGGUCGGGCUCCUGUUGUACCUGUGGACGCUGACCGCCCCUCUCAUUCUGUCGAAUCGUGACUUCACCUAAAGCACAAGUGCAGGCCAGAGAUACUCGACUUCUUGCUGGUUUUGUAUCUUUGUCUUUCAGCUGAAUUCACUCAAUGCCUUGUCUGUAAAUAAAGUUUUCUUCAGGUUUAUCAUCAUAACAAUGAACCUUAAAUGACACUUGCAAAAAUGAGGUUCCAGGCCAGAUUUAAGCUAGUAGUUUUUUUUCUUCAGGCAAAUACUUAUUAUGUUUCUCUCAUAUCUUUGUAUUGGGACUUUUGUACAUUUUAUGGAUGUUUAACCUUUUUAUCAUUUUCUUUAUGAUGUGAGUGUUUGAAGCUGAUGAUUUGGGCAGACAUAGUAACGUAUUGCACUGUCUUGCAAUGCUGACUGGACACUACUUUUUAUGUAACUGAUUCCCACGUCUACAUUUAUAAUGAUAACUGAUGUAAAAUUCCCACGUUGUACGUAAUUACUAUCAUCUGCCAGUGGGGAUACUGCCACCAGCAGGAGAAAAUAAUUACAACACGUUUGCAUGGACUAUUUAGAUAUCCAUCGAGCACUUAAUGGUAAAGUGAUUGAAGGGAAUCUCGAUUAUGUCUGUGCUAUCCAGCCGAACAUCCCUCGCUGUUUAAAAGAAAGAGACACAAAGUGCUGGAGUAACUCAGUGGGUCAUCUCCGCAGUCUGCCUGAAGAAGGGAUUUGACCUGAAACGUCACCCAUUCCUUUCCAGAAAUGCUACCUGUCCCGCUGAGUUACUUCAGCUUUUUGUGUCUACAGGAUCUCUGCAGAACAUGGAUAGGUGAUGUUUCGGGUCGGGACCCCUGUCCAAACAUACACUUGUUCCUGACUUCUGGUGUUCCCUAUUCUAACCCCACCCUGGCCACACACACAACUCACUCUUUAUACUCUAACUACAGCUGCAAACCUGUAAUUUUGUAUAAUUGGGGGCCGAGGUACUCCUCAAGAAUCUCCAAAGAUUUUAAAUAAUACUUGUACAUUUCCUACGUAAACUAUGUGUCAAAUGUUCUAAGUCUCUCUCUACACAUAGGGAAAACACACAGUGCUGGAGUAACUCAGCAGGUCAGGCAGCAUCCCUGCAGAACAUGGAUAAGUGAUGUUUCAGAUCGCGAUCCUUCGUCAGACCCGAAACAUCCCCUAUCCAUGCCCUGCAGAGAUGCUGCCUGACCCGCUGUGUUUCACCAGCACUUUGUGGCUUUUUGGUAAGCAAGCGCCUGCAAUUCCUUGCAUCUGCAUCUCUUGCUGUAUCUCUGCUUCAUGUUAAAAAAGCGCACACUCUGUCUUCUGUCCCAGGUAUCAUGUCAUAGAAAUGUGAUGUGCUUUUAAAAGUAAAAUAUUUUGUCAUUUUGCCUGCUCGCAUUUGGCAGAAAUAACUUGUAUCCACUAAAUAAUAUCAAACAUGCUCAUCAUAUCAUGGAAGCUUCUGGAUAUAUCUUCAGUAUUUAUUUGAGGAAUGUUUUUUGAACUAUAAUAGUUUUAGGAAUAUACAACUCGGAUCAAGGAAACAUUUUAUUUUCUGGCUAAUGGUAGAGAGAUAGGACCAAGACCACCUUGUUUACAAAUCGAGCACAAGAGAAAUGGAAUGAAAUAGUUGGCAAAAAGCUGAAGUGUUUACAAGAAAUAAAUAGCAGGAAUGACAUAGGACAGAAAGCAUUUUUAAAGGAAUUUUUAGCUAUUAAUAGGAAAUGCUUGGAAUUGUGCGUUAUAUUCGUGCAGCAUAGAAUGCAAAUGGGAAAUAAAACCCAGCUCUCACUAACAGUUCAGUUAAGAGUAAAAAUGUAUUUGAUGCAUGAGAGAGAUCUGUAGGUUCCAAUGUUGCUGUUAUUUUAUGGAAAUGCGCCAAGAAUCUAAGAUUCAGUUCAGCUGGUUCCUGGCAUGGCCUAUUGAAAGCAAAUGAACAGUGGAAUUUUGUGCUUGGGUAUUUUGUGUUGGUGACUUCCCACACUAGUCUCUAAGGAAAAACAGCAAAACAUGUUUGAUUUUUAGGUCAUUAUAUAUUGAAUUGAGUAUGUUUUCUACAUAGUAUUUAGCUCUCUUUCACAAUGGGUAUCUUGGUAGGUAAGAAUGUAAUAUUGGUACGUGUGGGUACAAUAACAAUGUUGCUGAUUCCAUGUUCAAAAGAAUUUGGAGCAAUCUUGUAGACGAAACUACGUGGGAAGUUGAUAUUUAAUUUUGACACCACCUCUGCAAAGGAAAUCAUUUACAGAAGAGAAAAACCUUUUUGCUUUUUAGUCUCUUGAGCAUUGUAUCAGGAAAAUAUCAGAAUCGGCAACAUUGUUGGUUUUGGGCUAAUUAUUUUGUGAUAAGCUAAUAAGAUUAAUUGAUUUUUAUGCCACAUGUCUAAGACUAGUGAGGUCUGGUGAUACUUACACUGAACUCUUAUAAACACUAGAUUAAAUGUAUAAAUAUCAGUCUUGUGGAAAAUAUCUAAAUGAUUUUUUUAAUAUGUAGAAUGAUCAUGACAUUUUAUAUAGAACGCUAUCCAUGUAGUUGUUAUAUGAUUUAUCUAUAUGUAAUUGAAAGGGUUUUUUU